AUGACGCCGCAAACUCCGGCCAAUACUGCCAGGCCGCGUAGGAAACUACUUCUCGCUGAUACAAUCGGUCAAUCUCUAUGCCAGAAUCGGUCCUCUGCAAUUCCUCCUGAAAAUGCAUUGAACAGCCACCUCUCGGUCCCGACAAGCGGGCCACUGUCGCGAUUGUCGCCGAUCUCAUCGCAUGUAUACUACCCUCCCAGGCGCAUUCCCAGCAGCAACAGGACGUCUUCUGACACACUCGCAACCAAUUCCGAUCAAACGACACUCAACUAUACUAGCGAUGUCUCGGUGGGAAGCAACCGGAGCAACUCUUCCUCGAGCAGCCACAACCCAUCAUCCUGCAGCCGGAUCGUCAGCUUAAGUGGUACGGUUGCCGAGCAAGAUGUCGAACGACUGGCUAACAAGUACGGCCUUGCUUCUCAGAUGGGGCUGCUGGAUCCCAGCUAUCGUGUCUUUAUCAAUGACCAAGGCACAGCAGCACUGUCAUUCAAAGUCCUCAGCAGGGUCGCCGUCAUAAUGGGCGACCCAAUGUGCGAGUCGGUUCAAAUACCCAGUCUCCUGCAAGACUUCAAGCACUACCGCCGGCGGAAACGCUGGGGAAUGUCCAUCAUCGGCGCCACUGGAGAGCUGGUUCAAUAUGCAUCAACAACCAAGAAAUGGACAAUGAUGCAAUUCGGAAACAACAGAGUUUUCAACCCAUUAACAAACGAAAUAAUCCACGAAACUGGUGGGAAGCGCAUCCUCACGCAGAACCGACAGCUCCUCAAUCCCAAUAAGGGUGGCAUCACGCUAGACAUCUACAGCCCGUCCCUCCACGGCACGGACUUCAAGCUGGAAGCCCAGCUUGGCGCAAUCUACGACGCGUGGCGCCUCGCCCGUAACUCCAGCGGCAAGCCUCAGGCCUUCAUAACAGAAUACGACCCCUUCCUAAUGCCGUCACUUAUGACAUACAUCUACACUCGAGAUCCCUUGGGAGCAGUCAACGGCUUCACGGCUCUGCGCUGGCUCGGCGCAAAGGGCGGCUACCACGUCGACCCCUGUAUCGCUGCCCCUGCGGCACGCAAGGGCAUCAGCGAUCUUCUUCUCUUUGCCUCCAUGGCUUAUGCACGACAACUAGGUAUAUCGUACCUAAGUGUUGGUUACGAACCCUCUGAGUCCCUUGGCGAAGUAUCCGGCAUGCCCGCUCCGAUUGCGCGGCUGACGGACCGGGUAUAUCAGUAUACAUAUCACCAUCUUACCUUUGGCGGGAAGAAGGCGUAUUUUGACAAAUUCAGGCCGGACAGUAAACAGGACUCUCCUGUUUAUGUGAUCUUUCCUUCGAGAAUCCCUGAGCCGCGGCCUGUUGUUGCUGUUGCGCAUGUCGCGAAUAUCAGUAUCAGGCGGUUGCUGUUCGAGAAAGCGAGUUGA